UGGUCGAUCGCGGACCUGUGUGUGUCUGCACGCGCAUAAUAGCCUUUAUUUCGUUACUAUUUAUGCAUAUUUAAUAAUUGAAGCAUUCGUGUAUUAAUUUUUACCCGGCUGCGUCAGUGCACGUAAACGACGACGUCGAGUGUUGUAUUAUUUUCAUGUAUAUAAUGCACAUCGAGAGCGACUUUGACGUUGACUGACCUUAUAUCUUGUCGAGCCAUGUGCGUACGUUUGUCAAAAUUUCGCUGAACGUUGAGUGCGCUAUACGCUAAAGAAAUACUUUGUGCAUUUUUAUCGUACACGCGUGAUCGGCACGAAUCGUUUCACGCCGAAUAGAGUGCAAAAGUUAAAGAAAUAUUAUUCAAGAAUCACUGUGUUUAUAUACUUAGCCGGCGUAAGAACGUUCGGUCAUAUGAAGAAGGAACAAACGCAGUAGCAGCAGCAGAGAUUAUAACAAGACAAGAAGCUCAAGAGUGUGCGCGAGUGUGUGAGAAAGAGAGAAGAUCAGGGCUGGUUUUUCUUCGCUGCGUCGCGGUGUAACGCUGUGCCGCGUAGGUGGGGGAAAAGAGAAGAGAGAUAAUGUCGUUGUCGUCGACGGCGACGCUCGUGCCGCCGAGGCAACCACUAGCGGAGCUCAAUAAGCGGUCAGCGCUCGCGACGCGAUGACCGAUCGACGACCAAUCGAGCUGUUUCCGGUCUAGUGCAGUAGUAUAGUUUUGCCGAUGCGUAAAACCAGAGCAACGGUCGUCGUUCGAAUUUCAGUAGUGUGUUAACCCGCGUGCUACAAUAAAGACACACGAGUCUGAGAGCUCGAAUUAACGAAAAAACAAAACAAAACAAAGACAAUCGUAAAACACAAUGAAGUCGUUGGGCGACGUGGUGGCCGAGCCGCCGAAAACCAACAAUAGCAGUUGCAAUAACAAUCGAGCGAGCAACGGCAUCAAUUCGAAAUCGUCGAGCAAUAAUGGUGUCAGCGCCGGUAGCGAUUAUUGCAUGCAGCUGAGCAGCAGCAGCCGCCGCGGCAGCCUGGACUCGGUCGAUCGGCUGAGCCUGAGCAGCGGCAGCACGUCGACGAGCGUCGGCGCCUCGGAGAUCGGCACCAGGACUCUCAAGAGUUUAAAGAGGGGCCUCGGCAAAUUGUGGAGGCGGCACCGAGGCAACGUCUCCAUCACAGAGUACGAUCCGACCUACAAAGUCGCCUAUCUGGGCAACGUCCUCACCGGUUGGGCCAAAGGCGAGGGCUGCGUGGAGAAGCCCGUGUCUACGCUCUGGCGCAAUUACGUCGGCAGCAAUCGUCCCGAUGUGCUGAUGCGGCUGACGGUGACGAACGGCGGUCUCACGGCCACGACCAAGGAUCACGGCCUCACCGAGUACUGGGCACAUCGCGUCACCUAUUGCACAGCACCCGCGUCCCAUCCCCGGCUCUUCGUCUGGGUAUACAGACACGAGGGUAGGCGGCUGAGGCCCGAGUUGCGCUGUCACGCGGCCAUCUGCUCCAAAGAGUCGACGGCGAGGAGGCUUGCACAGAUACUGAACGCGAGGUUGCAUCAGGCACUGCUCGAGUUCAGGAGGGACAAGGUUUCCAGACAGAAUGCCAGAUUAUCGCUGGCCAACGCAGUUUACGAGAACCCGUCGCUGCCCCGGCGAAAGCUGCUGCUCAGCACGGGCGGCUCGAAUUACCGUCCGCCGCUCGAGCGUUCGAAGAGCGCCCCGAAGCUGUCGGCGAUCGAGGAGGACGCCGCCGCCGAGGAGCAGGAGGGCCGAGCCUUCCUCGACCAGCUGCGCCAGGGCCUCGAGUUCAGGCGCUCGUGCAGCUGGCAGCACGAGCAGGAGAGCUGGAGGCUGGCGCGACUCCUCGAGGCGCUGCAGAUGCAGCACCAGCACGCCGAUCAGCUGUCGAGCAGCGACGAGAACGGCAGCAUAUCGAGCGGCUGCGAGACCGCCAGUACGGCCAACAGCGAGGAGCGAGUCUCGAGCAGCGAAGAUUCCCACAUACCGAUCGAGGAGGACUCGCACCUGAGGAUGAAGAAGCAGAGCCCGGGCUCGGCGCUGACGGCCGCGAUGACGGUGUCGCCGAGGCGCAACAGCGAGGGCUCGCCCGGCUUCAUGAUGAGCUGCAACGACAGUCCACGGUUCCGUCGGCGGAACUGCCGCGUGUCGAGGGUCAGGUCGCGAAGCAGCAGCAACUAUUCGCUCUCGAGAAACGAACCUACCGAAGACGACGAAGAGGAGGAAGAGGAGGAGGAAAUGAGUCAGGACGAGACGACGGUCAGUACGACGACCAUGACGACAGUUGGCACGACAACGACAACGACGGGUGUCACUUGUACCACCGGCGACGAGAAUUUCUUUGACUUUGAAGAUCCGGAGGUGAUGGACGAGAUCGUCGAUUUUAGUCCGCAGGGCGAGGGCCAUCAUCCGCAGUCACCGUCGAGAUUACAGAACGACAGUUACGCAGCGUUAUUGGCUCGAAGAGACGACAUGCUGAAGAUGAUGACGUCUCGCUUGUCGUGUCACAAUUCCUGCGACGAACUCGAUUCGCCCACCGCACCAAUCAGCGAUCAUCAUCGUCCGAGCGACACAACGACCAUCAGAUCGGUAGCGCCGAUCGCAGCGGCGGUCGUCGGCAUUUCCAAUUUUCACACACUGGGCUCGCUCGACGAGGAGGAGGCCAUCGACAGCGACGAGAGCGGCUACGUCGAGGCGUCGCCCAAGAGCUCCAUGAACGACGAGGAGAUCGUCAAAGCCGAGACGAACAACAACAAAGUCGUGAAUAGCAGCAGUCAAAGCCAAAGCCAAAAUCGGCAACGCGUCAGCAGCAGCAGCGGCGACAGCGACAACGACAACAACAAGCCAAAGCCAAGCUCGGACUCGGACGAUGAACCGGCCGAAUUCAUCAAGUGUCCGAUAUCCGAGACGAUUAAAAAAUUAGCCAACGCGUCGUUGCGUAGCUCGAAAAAUAUGCGAGUAUCUUCGUCGUCGACGUCGCCCAGUAGCAAUAAUGCCCCCCAUUGUCUCGAGUCGCUGAAUAGGCUCGGUAGUAAUGGCAAACAGGAGGCGACCGAUAGCGACGAGCCGCCGACGCCGAGCCUGCUGCAGAGAAAACGGCUUCUGGCCCAGAGAGGCGUCACCGUUUAGAAGAUCAAACACAAGUGUCAUCGUAUAAUGAGAUCGUGAACUCUCCAGACCGAUGUGUGCGUGAUGAACGACGAGUCGAAUGUUUGUGUCUGUGUCUCAUUGUGCGUUUUUCAUUUCGUUUAUUUAAGCUGUGUUUAUCGCUAGUUUUCUAGGCUUUUCUUUUUUUUUUAACAUUCUUCCCGCGCAAUGGCUUAGUAAUAACGACGAUAAUAAAAUUUGAUGAAAAAAUAUCUCUAAUUUACGUUUGAAAACGUAUUUGCACGCCGAAUCUUGUGUAAAUUCAGUCCGACUCGAUCGAGAGUAAUAUUAUUAUCAUGUACCUAUAGGCGUAUCCUUCACCCCCGGGUUGUUACGAAAAAAAUAUACAUAUAAUAGGUAAAUUUAUUGAUUCACAGAUAAUGUUAGCCCGUAUUAUAAAUAAGUAACGUAUUAUUUAUUAAUUUUUUUUUUUAAUUGACAAAAUUUGUUCAUAACGACGAUGUAUUAUAGCUGUAUCGAGAAAACGAGAUUGUUUACGUAAUAGUAGCCGUCGAAAAUAGUUAUAUAUUAUUUUUUCUCACGCGUGUGAGAAUGAAGUCGUAAAAGAGACGAGCAAUUGCAGUUACACACGACGUCCACAUGUCUUGCGCCGCUUGUGAUAAUACAGAGUAUUAUAUGCCACAAAAUUGGCUCGAAUUUCUUUAAUUUGACUGUCGAUGAUAUUGUGAUAUUGUUUGAGUAUGCGAGGCUGAUUUGCCUAUGUUAUUUGUUAUAAGUUCGUAGUUCUUAUGUACGACGCUAAAUUACGUUGAGAGUAAAUUUUAGAAGAGAAAAAAAUUCAAGUCAUGGCGAAGCCGUCCGUCAAUUAAAGUUACGCGUUUUUCGCUAAAUAGCGAAGGUGACAAGCGGCGAGCGAGACUUUGGCUAGUUGUGCCGCAAUGGAUUUCGAUUCUUAUAUUUCUUUAAUGAUAUUUUUUUACAUUUUGUAUAUAAAUAUGGUGUUUAUUUCUUCAGUGUUGAAAAAAAUAGUCUUUAGUAUUAUAACACAAAGAAAGAAGUAUGCUUCAAAUCGUCAAAUUUAGAAGUACUUAUGUGCAUAUACGUAUUAUUAAUUAUUACUAUUAAAUGAAUAUUAUGAACAUCGUUGAAAGUAUAUGUAUAUUAUUGUAUUUAGACACACAUAAACACACACUAAGUCUGUCGUAGAUAUUUGUAUCAAUGACAGGCGCCCUUAGCAUCAAUGGAUAUUAGGUGUGUUUUUCUUUUCAUUGAUUCGAAUUUGGUGCGAAACAAUGAUUCCUCGAAAAA